AUGGUCCACGUCCCCGGUGUUAAGCACAGAGCUGCUGACGCGCUAUCUCGCCACACAACAGGUCCAACCAAACCAGAAAGGAUGCUACUAUCAGACGACGUCGCAGCUACCGCUGACUCAGAAGCCACCUUCCCCUUCAACGACCUUGGAUACUUUUCCCUAGCAGGCGUCCGCUCUCAGGAUCCACCACGCAACUACAACCCAGAUGAUCAACUAGCUUCAUCAGCCUUGGCGGCACUCAGCACCAUGGCAAUAACAUGGGAGAGAGUUAAGCUGGCGACCACAAGCGACCAUGACAUGACACAAUUGAUCACUCUCAUCGAAUCUGGGUUUCCCCGGCUCAGACACGAAUUACCAUCCAACCUUCAAGAAUACUACCCAUUCCGCAACCAUCUCCAUACCAUAGACAGUGUCAUCAUGUACAAGGAGAGAAUUGUCAUCCCACCCCCCCCUCCGCCCACACAUCCUCAGUGUACUACAUUGUGCCCACCAAGGAGUGACUUCCAUGAUAGCACGAGCCAAGUCAACAGUCUUCUGGCCAGGCAUCACUCCCACUGUCACAGCGCUUCGAACCAACUGUCAACACUGCAACCGCAUGGCCCCCUCUCAACCCAGCGCCCCACCCUAUCCUCCCACACCAGCGAUCUACCCUUUUCAAUGCAUCUGUGCAGACUUCUUUCACCACAAAGGCAUGCAAUACCUCGUAAUUGUUGACUGUUACUCUAACUGGCCAAUCAUCGAGUGAGCACAAGAUGGGGCGAAAGGUCUAAUCAAUUGCUUGAGACGCCUGUUUGCCACCUUCGGAAUCCCUGAUGAGUGCGCUACAGAUGGUGGCCCAGAAUUCACUGCAGCCUCCACCCGUCAGUUCUUUAAAGAUUGGGGAGUUAACCACCGUCUUUCCUCUGUGGCAUUCCCGCAUUCCAACUGCAGGGCUGAGAUAGGCAUUAAAACCGUUAAACGCAUCAUAACCAACAACACAGACACACGAGGAAGUCUUGACACCGACUCCUUGCAACACGCAAUCCUACAAUAUCGCAACACACCAGACCCAAACACCAACCUAUCCCCCGCACAAUGUGUCUUCGGCAGGCCCAUCAAGGACUUCAUCCCCAUCUUACCAGGCCGAUACAUUCCCCACCCCACAUGCGGAGACACCCUAUCUGCCAGAGAGCAAGCUCUAAGAAACUGCCACAUGCAAGCGUCAGAACGCUGGUCUGAACACACCAAACGACUACCACCCCUGAAAGUUGGCGACCAUGUUCACAUCCAAAAUCAAACUGGCCCCCACCCCACCAAAUGGGACAAAACCGGCGUUAUCGUGGAAGUACGCCAGUUUGACCAAUACAUCGUCAGAGUUGAUGGGUCUGGUAGAGUCACCAUGCGCAAUCGCAAGUUCUUACGACAAUAUGUCCCUGUUGGUAUAUUACCACCUCAUCACACGAUCAUGGAUGAUCUACGCCAACAUCACUACACCUUCAGCUGA